AUGUCGAGCUCAGAAUCAGCUACUGUCAUGAGCGUCAAUGUAUUCGACGACUCCAAUGUAGAUACUCGCAGAUACGCCACCUUCCUUCCCUCUCAAAUUGCAGAGGGGAUGUCAUUCAUGUAUCUCGAUGAAGAGGAUGCCGAUGACGAUUCAAGCCUUUACACCGAUUUCGUAUCCUCAUGGGAAUUUACUUCUGGACCUAUGGCAUGUGGUGCAGACCCCAAGCACAGCGAUUCCGUUCUGUCUGAAGCUCAGGAACUCGUCAAGAAAUAUCAAGAGCCCGACAGAGUAACCGAGGCCCAGAAAGUCGUCCAGGAAUAUCUACAACGGCAUGGGAGAAUUGAGGACCAAGAGACUGGAUAUGUUUGCCCCCUCAACACUGCUAAGGAACUUCCAAUUACUCCUAACAACAGGGAUUCGACAUAUACCCAUCCCGUAACUGAUGACGGACAAUCCACGAUUGAUCUUGAGAAGCGUCCCGAGCCAGAGAUUCGUCUGUUUCAUCAUGACCCGGAGGGCGUAGCGCAGGCGCAGCUUCAGGGAUUGGAAAUGGUUCGGGCUGGUCACUGCACUCCUAGAGGCAUGAUUCGUUGUCAACGUCCUGGAUGCACUAAUGUCCUUCGCGAUCUCGAAGCGCUCAAAUUUCAUUUGCACAUCCACAACAUUGGUGAUAUGUCUGAUGUCAUCAGUGUUUUGUCUGCGCACACCCAAAAGGAAAAGGAACCUGGACACUCUUCCACGGAGUCUUCACCACUUAAUAAACCUUCGAGAAAGGUUCGCGAUCGCUCCAAAUCGCUUAUGGACAUGGGUGCCACAUCAGGCCACUUGUGCGACACACACCCAACGCGAAAGGUCUAUGCGAAGGACCCUUAUUCACCCCCUCGCAGUCGAAAGCCCAGUGCCACUCAUAUUAAAUCGAGUGCAUUACACACACAAACGAAGCUGCUCGAUGCAUCAGCACCCCAAACACGUGGGCGACGCAGCAAUAGGAGCACCAUUCGCAGCGGACUCGAUGAGGCUGGGUAUCACGACAGCAUUGCGAUGGUCCUUUCCCGCCCUGCAUCGCCUGUACAAGGCGCUCAAGAGGCUUCGGGUUCCGACAUGAACCUGCCUGUUAAUUUUGUGACCAAAAGCAGCGUAUUUUCCCCUCCUGCGAGUCCGACUCUCGGAGGAAAGGAAUUGACUCGUGCUACGAGUCCCAAACGAGCGUUCAGCCCGGCUAGAGCUCUCAGUCCUAUCCGAGGCAUGUCUUCUCCUUGCAUUCUUUCUGUUCGGCCAGCUAAUGUUUUGAUGUCUCGCAGAUCGUCUUCGACGAGUGCUUUCUUUCGGAUGCUUGAACGAGUCUAA